UAAAGUGUGUCUUAAAGAUCUCAGGGAUGGUGACAUUUGAAUGACCACUGAAGAAUUUUCAAAGCAAUUUCAAGAGUGGGACAAGCACAGGAUCACAAGUGCUGUUUCCAAGAAAUUAAAUGACAGGAAUUGGGAUUACAACAAUUUGAGCAGUAACUUACUUACUAUAGCUUGCAAUAAAUGAAUAAUUAAGUUUUGUGAAUCUCAACAACUGUAAAGAGUUUGGACACAUACAGGGCUGAAAAAUGAGGUGUAUUGGAGUAUACCACAUGCACAAAGGACACAUGAUGUCAAGGUAUUUGCAGCCCAUGGGAAUGUCACACAUCACUUUGUCCUCUCUGCCUGGCAAAAUCCUAAGCACAUAAUUCCCAGUGCCUGCCAGUCCUAGGACACAUUGGUGGUUUGCUUUCCCUCUUACAUCUAUUCCUAAGGCCAGCCUCCCAUGGGGCGUUCAGAUCACAGAACAUAACCAGCUGUACUGGUGCUGAAGAUCCAGCUCCAUUGCUGGUAAUAUUCAGCGUGCCCAGGGGGCCAAGAAGGCCAACGACAACACACUGUCAGCACUGGUGUGGCCAGCAGGACCAGGGCAGUGAUUGUCCCCCUGUACUCGGCACUGGUGAGGCCACACCUCGAGUGCUGUGUCCAGUUCUGGGCCCCCCACUACAAUAAAGAAAUUGCGGGGCUGGAGUGUGUUCAGAGGAGGGCAACGGCACUGGUGAAGUGCUUGGAACACAAGUCCUGUGAGGAGCAGCCGAAGGAGCUGGUGGUGUUUAGCCUGAAGAAAAGGGAGGGUCGGUGGAACCUUGUCACUUUCUACAUCUCCUGAAAGGAGCGUGUAGUGAGGUCGGGGUCGGCAUCUUCACCCAGGUAACCAGUGACAGGAAAAGACGACAUAGUCAUAAAAUGCGCCAGGGAAGGUUAAAGCUGGACAUUAGGAGAAAUUUCUUAAUAGAAAGGGUGACUAAGCAGUGGAAUGGGCCGCCCAGGGAAGUGGCGGAGUCACUGUCCGUGGAGACAUUUAAGAACAGACUGGACGCGGCACUGAGGAGGCACUGAGUGCCAUGGCGUAGCUGACAUGGAGGCGUUCGAUUAUAGGCCGGACUCGAUGAUCUCGGAGGACUUUUCCAACCCAACUGAUUCUGGGAUUAGCCCCGGCAGGUCUCUAAACUUCACUGGUCCCUUCCUGCCCGAGGCAAGACGCACCCAACCCCGAGCCGCGGCGCAGACGGGCGGGAGGAGGAGCUGGCGCCGUCCCUGGCUCCGAGGCGCCGCGGGCGGGUGCGCUGAGGGGAGGUGGGGCCGCCGCCUCCCCGCCCGCCGCCAUUUUGGCUGUUUCGCGUCGCUUCCGCCGCUGGAAGUAAACAGAGAGCGAGGCAGGGAAGGAGUGGAGCAGCGACGCGGGCAGGACGGGACAGACCGGACGGUCGGGCAGCAGAGGCGGCGCUGGGGUCGGCUUUGGCGGAGAGAGCUGAUGUGGCCGGAGCGGAGGCGCCAGCGCGGCCCGAGCCCCGGUUAAUGCGAAGCGCAGCAGGGAGCCGCCAGAAUGAAACGAGGAAGGAAAACUAAUGAGGCCAACAGCAGUUCAUCUGAAGGCACAGCUGAGAAGGAAUCCAAGAGACAUAAGAUUGUAGAGAAGAAAACCACAGUUGUGCAGAGUCCUGACUGGGCAAACCUGCUCCAAGACAUCAUCCUGCAGGUGUUCCAGUACUUGCCACUUCUGGAUCGUGCUCAUGCAUCCCAGGUCUGCAGGAGCUGGAACCAGGUGUUUCAUAUGCCUGAUCUCUGGAGGUGCUUUGAGUUUGAAUUGAAUCAACCAGCCACGUCAAACCUGAGGACUACACACCCUGAACUAAUCAAGCAAAUAAUAAAGAGGCAUUCCAAUCACCUGCAGUAUGUUAGCUUCAAGGUGGACAGUAGCAAGGAAUCUGCAGAAGCAGCUUGUGAUAUUUUAUCACAGCUUGUGAAUUGCUCUCUGAAAACACUUGGGCUAAUUUCAACUGCCCGGCCAAGCUUCAUGGAUUUACCAAAGUCUCACUUUAUUUCUGCACUGACAGUGGUGUUUGUGAACUCCAAAUCCCUCUCUUCACUUAAGAUUGAUGACACACCCGUAGAUGAUCCAUCUCUCAAGGUUCUGGUGGCUAACAACAGCGACACGCUCAAACUGUUGAAAAUGAGCAGCUGUCCUCAUGUUUCUCCAGCUGGUAUCCUUUGUGUGGCUGACCAGUGCCAUGGCUUGCGUGAGCUGGCGCUGAACUACCACCUGCUGAGUGAUGAGCUGCUGCUCGCUCUGUCUUCAGAGAAACACGUCAGGUUAGAACACUUGCGCAUUGAUGUGGUUAGUGAAAAUCCUGGACAGACUCAGUUCCACACGAUUCAGAAGAGCAGCUGGGACGCUUUCAUCAAGCAUUCUCCUAAAGUAAAUUUAGUCAUGUACUUUUUCUUGUACGAGGAGGAGUUUGACCCGUUCUUUCGUUACGAGAUACCCGUCACUCACCUUUACUUCGGAAGGUCAGUCAGCAAGGAUGUGCUCGGCCGCGUUGGGAUGACGUGCCCGCGGUUGGUUGAACUGGUGGUGUGUGCCAACGGAUUGCGGCCGCUGGACGAGGAGCUGAUCUGCAUCGCGGAGCGGUGCAAGUACCUGUCGGCCGUGGGCCUCGGAGAAUGUGAAGUCUCUUGCAGUGCCUUUGUGGAGUUUGUGAAGAUGUGUGGCGGUCGCCUCUCUCAGCUCUCUAUUAUGGAGGAAGUUUUGAUUCCUGAUCAGAAAUACAGUUUAGAGCAGAUCCAUUGGGAGGUUUCAAAGCAUCUUGGUAGAGUCUGGUUCCCAGACAUGAUGCCCACUUGGUAAAGUCUUUAAAAGACUCCAGGGCAAAUGGAGUAGCACCUUAAACCCAAGCUUACCAUAUUGCAAUUUCCUGUAUAAGCUUAUUUAAUAAUAUAGAUUUUGCUGCAAGUUAAUUAACGGUUUGAUUAGAAAAUUAAUUUUUCUUUAAAAAAUUGUUUUGGAACCUGAGAACCAAAAGAGUUCACAGCUCCAAAACCUGUUUUCAUCCAAACAAAAUUCAGGAUUUUGUUUUAGAUUUAUUCUUUGUCAUUAAAGGUGACCUCAGAUAUUUUUGGAAAUAAAAAUUAUUUAAUAUAUUGAAAUGCACUUGCAAAAUACCAGUUUUGAUAUGCUGUUUUUCUUUGAUUUAGAUUAGUAGUAUUGGAUACAAUCAUAUUUGAUCUUAAAAAGCCAAGCAAAACCCUACCAAAAUUGCAUGCUUUUGUUGCAGACUGUAGCAUUUCUAAAUCCAGUCACCUCGAUGACAAGAUGAUAAGAAGUGUUUAGGAGCCUGUGAAAUACACACAUUCAGUUAAGUCAUAAAGGCAAGAGCAAUACACAAUAAUAAGUUUAGAUAACUAAAGUAGAAAGUUUACCACCUUAUUCAACAGAUUAUUAGAUCCAUCUAAAAUGUAUUUAGAGCGCUAACAACCAGUAGUGUGAGCUACCAAAAGUGGUGUGGGGUUUUUUCCACACUCUAUGCAUUUUAAUGUAGUUUGCUUAUGGGGUCUCAGAUCUGCGUCUAAACCUGUUUUAAGGUAUUUUUUGUCUAGCUCAGGAAGCGAAAGCAUUCUGGGGAAAAAUGUAGAUACAUUGUAUUUAAAACCACACUGGAUUUAAUGAGCUUUUCUUGCACAUUAACCGGUUUGGCAGCAUAUGGUGAGAUGGAAUAAUGUAUGGUUUGUGAAAUGAACCCAGCAAUGUUAUUCUGAUGACAUAGAUGUGAGCAGAGUGAGGUGAGAAAGGUAAAAUUUGAAUGUUGACCAAGAACCUUUUCACAAAACCUUAGACCUUUUGGCUGCUUUCAGUUUGACAGAAAUGACAUUGGAACAGUUGCUUAAGCUGUAUAAACUAACUGUAUACUGUAAAUCUGUUUCAGAAAUGUUUAUGUAUAAAGUGGAUGUUUGAUAGAUGAUAAUUUUUGUAUACCUUUAAUUCAGCUAGUUCAGUCAUUUCAUAAUAUUUAACAAUUCAAAAGGAGUAGACUUGGUGAAGUAGAACAAUAGGCAAAAAUUUGUUUUGAACAUUUGAUAAAUCAGUUUUAUUAAAGAAAGUUUCUAGUUUGUAAGUGGUGUAGGCAAGACACUGGCUGUGAUCUGGAUGUGGUUUGUGACUUCAUUUCUUACUGCCAACAGUUAUUUUCUCUUUGAGGUUGCUGAUGGUAACACUGAAGUGUUGCCCAGACAGCUGCAUGUUUGAGAGAUGUGGUCAGCCCUCGGCAAGGCAGAGCUGCCCCCACAGGCUGGGUUGAGCUUAGCUGGUGGCUGCUUCUCACUGGCGCUGUACAGCUCCUUCUGGUAAUGAGUAGAUUUCCUUCAUCUCUGAUUUCAGUCAUGUUUAUCCGAAUGUAUAAUUUAGUGUAAUACACUUAUGAGUGUAUUUAAGUUCAUAACUAUUUUUUGAGUAAACAAUGCUCAGCAGACUGGACAUCUUUAUAGGGGAGUUGUAUGUUUCUGUAGAGCUUUGAUUUUAAAAUUGCAUUUUAUGAAUUACGCGGUUUUUGUAUUAGAAUUUGUUAAAUUAAUGUAAUACUAUAAUUUGCUUUUAUUUGUACAAAAGGUGUCAAUAUAUUUAGUCUGUAAAAGU